AAUGAUUCAUGGAGGAUAUGUAGCAUAUAGCGUAGCAAAGCAAUUUGCAGUCUACAUUCUCGCAGUUGUUGGCUCAUUAAUCAGCGAAAAUCUAAACCAAGGGUUUUGAAUCACCGGAGAUCAUCUCGUGCAAAUGAAUGCGCUUGCCGCCACCAAUCGCAACUUCCGCCAGGCGGCGCGAAUCCUCGGCGUCGACUCCAGGAUUGAGAAGAGCCUUUUGAUCCCCUUCAGAGAAAUCAAGGUCGAGUGCACGAUUCCCAAGGACGACGGAACGCUGGUGUCUUAUGUAGGAUUCAGAGUGCAGCAUGACAAUGCCCGUGGGCCCAUGAAAGGAGGAAUCAGAUACCAUCCAGAGGUUGACCCCGAUGAAGUGAACGCACUUGCGCAAUUGAUGACGUGGAAGACGGCCGUAGCAGAUAUUCCCUAUGGUGGAGCAAAGGGCGGCAUCGGUUGUAAUCCCAAAGAUCUAUCUAAGAGCGAGCUGGAACGCCUCACCCGUGUCUUUACUCAAAAAAUUCACGACCUUAUAGGUGUUAAUGCAGACGUUCCUGCACCAGAUAUGGGCACUAAUGCUCAGACAAUGGCUUGGAUUUUGGAUGAGUACUCAAAAUUUCACGGCCACUCACCUGCAGUUGUUACAGGAAAACCAAUUGAUCUUGGUGGCUCACUGGGGAGGGAGGCUGCCACCGGUCGAGGCGUUGUGUACGCCACAGAAGCUUUACUGGCUGAACAUGGAAAAUCAGUAAAGGGUUUAACAUUCGCCAUUCAGGGAUUUGGGAAUGUUGGAUCUUGGGCUGCUCGUCUCCUGCACGAAAAAGGUGGAAAGGUCGUUGCUGUCAGUGACAUAACAGGAGCGGUGAAGAACCACAGCGGGAUUGAUAUAGCCGCACUGAUUAAGCAUAAAGAGGCGACGGGGAAGCUCGAAGAUUUCAGCGGUGCUGAUGCUAUGGAUGCGAAUGAGUUGCUGACUCAUGAAUGUGAUGUUCUCAUACCGUGUGCUCUUGGUGGAGUUCUAAACAGAGACAAUGCCGCAAACGUGAGGGCGAAAUUCAUCAUAGAAGCAGCAAAUCAUCCCACCGAUCCGGAAGCAGACGAGAUCUUGUCGAAAAAGGGAGUGAUCAUACUCCCCGACAUAUAUGCAAACGCUGGGGGAGUUACAGUCAGCUAUUUCGAAUGGGUUCAGAACAUUCAAGGAUUCAUGUGGGAAGAAGAGAAAGUGAACGCAGAGCUCAAAAGAUACAUGACGAAAGCGUUCCACAACAUCAAAGGCAUGUGCCAGUCGCACAACUGCAACCUCCGCAUGGGCGCUUUCACCCUCGGCGUUAACCGCGUCGCCCGCGCGACUCUUCUCAGAGGCUGGGAAGCCUAA